AUGGGCUUCAGGCCGGGACUCCGCUUCAUGAAUGAGAGUUCCUCUGGACAUCACAAUAAUGCUCAAUUGCUGGGCUGCCGGCCAGAAACAGUUGGGGAAGCGCUGAUUCGGCAGUUGCCGCUCCUUCAUCGGGCCUCUGGACCUAGGGAGUUUGUCAUCACGCUUCAGCACCAGGGCUGCCCCACGUCCCAACUUUGGACUACGGAACAUAAACACUAUUGUCCUUACGUGGUGCAGUACCAUUGUCAGGUGGCCUGUAAGAAAACGCUCUCAGGCUUGGACCGCUCUUUGCGGGCCUGGAGCGUUCUGGGCGACCACUCAAGUAAGCUAGUCGCCCUUCGGGACCGACAAUCAAGACAUACAUCAGCCUUUAUGUCUAUCGAGCUCAAUGAAAAGAUCCAAAUUCGAGUGGGCGCUAAGCUGCAGAAAUGA